CUCUCUUCUAAAAUUCCAAUUUGAGAUGGGGUUCAUAAACCCUUGUACGUAUUUCAUUUAUCUCUUAGAUUUUAAAGAAGAUGAGAAGGCCUGGAAAUCGGCCCUAGGAGACGUGCCAACGCUGAGGCGCGUGAAGUACUCGCCGCUCCCUUGAGCAAGCCCGGAGAUGACGGAGCUAGUGAAAUCGUGCGCGAUUGCUAGAUUAGCUGCCGACGGUAGCAUCACAGUGCAGUCGCUUCAAGUUGCAGCAGAGUGAAGGAAAGGGCCCGCUGGUUGGUGGUGAGAGGGAGAAGAACAAGGCUUAUUUGCGAGCGCCUACCACCCCCUUUCUCCGUGGAGGUGCGGUGUAGGUGCCCAUACUUUCGAUUCCGGGAAUGGAAGGCUCCUCCGACGAUCGGCUUGGAUUUGGGAAGAUGGGUUAUGGAUGCCAGCACUAUAGGAGGAGGUGCAGGAUCAGAACACCUUGUUGCAAUGAAGUCUAUGACUGCCGGCACUGUCACAAUGAAGCCGCGAGCAUGUUGAGGAAUCCUUUUGAUAGGCAUGAGUUGGAUCGGCAUGAGGUGAAACAAGUGAUCUGUUCAGUUUGUGAUACGGAGCAACCAGUAGCUCAAGUUUGCACUAACUGUGGUGUUAAAAUGGGAGAAUAUUUUUGCAGUAUUUGUAACUUCUUCGAUGAUGAUACAGAGAAAGGGCAUUUUCAUUGUGAUGAUUGUGGAAUAUGCAGAGUUGGAGGCCUUGAAAACUUUUUCCACUGCACGAAAUGUGGCUCUUGUUAUGCAGUUAGUCUGCGUGACAACCAUUGUUGUGUAGAGAACUCCAUGCGGCAUCACUGCCCUAUAUGUUAUGAGUACCUCUUCGACUCUCUGAAAGACACAACGGUUAUGAAAUGUGGGCACACAAUGCAUUACGAGUGCUUUUGUGAGAUGAUAAAGCGUGAGAAGUAUUGCUGCCCAAUAUGUUCCAAGUCAAUCAUCGACAUGUCAACUAUUUGGAAAGAAAUGGAUGAAGAGAUUGAGAAUACAGCCAUGCCUGAAGAUUAUAGAGAUCGAAAGGUUUGGAUUUUGUGCAAUGACUGCAACGACACUACAGAAGUAUUCUUCCAUAUAAUAGGGCAGAAGUGUUGCCACUGUCGAUCAUACAAUACUCGUACAAUUGCUCCUCCCGUGCUUCCAGAACAGUAACAUUGUUUGGCAGCUCAAUUGUGAAUUUUGACAUCUCCUGGUGCCCAUUGAUGUAAAAUUUGAACCCAUGAAAAAAUAUUUUUUUGGUUUGUACUGACUGAACCCCCAUUGCAUGUAACGUUUAUCUUAAUUAGCUGCAGUAAUUUGAUCUUCAGUAGCAUUGUAAUAUGUUUUCUCAGAAUCAUAUGGGGCAAAAUUGAACUCAUUACCGGGUUUCGGUGUAGUGGCUUGAAAUAAAACCAUGAACUCAUUA